UCUAGACGGACGUAGAAAAGGAUCGUUGCUAUGUGAUCUCUGUAGUACACGUCGUGGCCGACCCCGACACGCGUAAAUCCGAUGCGUCGUUGCUGAAGCGUGAGUAAUUCGAUGGGGUGCCACCGUGUCGUAGUUGCUGCUGAAUGUUGGUGUAUGGUCUUCGAGACCCCUCUCGAACGUGCACGUGCCUACUCCGGGAGAGAGAGUUCGAAACUCUUUCGUGCGAUCUCUCUAAAAACGUGACCAUUACCUUUCGAGAGGAUAACGAAAGAAGGAGAAAAUAAAAGAAAAAGGAAAAACGACGACGAAGAAGAAGAAGAAGAAGAAGAAGAAAGAAAAUAGAGAGGAAAAACAAGCCGAUGAAACUGAAUAUCUUCUUCUGUUGCUCUUUUUCUCUUCGUCAAUCUUCUUUCGAUACAUUUUUCUUUUUUCUUUGCAAAAAGAAAAAAAAAAAAAAAAAAAAAACGAAAUCCCUAGGAAAAAUCCUGAUUCCAAGGAUUAACGUGAUCGUUAGUUGGUGCAACGAAAAAAGAAAAAAAGAGAAACAAAAACAAAAAAAAAAAAAAAAAGAAAAAGAAAAAAAAACAAAAAAGAGAAAAAAAAAGGAAAAAGUUGAAAACGAGAGAAAAAGGAAAAAAGGAAAAGAAAAAAAAGAAAACAGCGGAAUACGACAGGUUGGGUACUCGUUAUGAAACGUUAACUCUGUUGAAUAAAAAACAGAUCAAAGGGCAGCCAAACGUUUGGUCCUCUUUGACGAUUCGUUCGAUUACUUGAAAUCGUAGUAGCUCCAUACGAGAGCGAGGACCACAACGAGAUAAAAACAUCGUAUAGUUGGUUGAGCGUAAAAGAUUAAAAGCAAAGUUUUCAAGCGAUUUAUGGACAUGCCGAUGAUUAGUUCGUUUAGCAAGAGGACUCAGGCGGUUAAAUGGAAUCAAACGAAUGAAAAGGUUUUCAGAUAGAACAGGGGCUAGAAGUUUCUGUGAUGAAUAAAAUGGCAAACAUUUACAUUUAAUGGUGUACAAUCCCGGUGAUAAUUCUUUUUGUAUACGACCGACAGAUAGAGUGAUAGCGUCGAUGAAGUAAAAAGAAGUGAUCAUCUUCAAUGGUAGUAGCCGGCCAGCUCGCAGGAGCGCGGGAGCGGCUUGGCUGUGGGGCGUCAAGGGGGGCCCGGUAGUGCGGGGGGCCCCGGAGCAGUCGAGCAGGCAAGGGACCUAAGUCCCUGCCUCCCCGCGUCGAUGGGCGACGCUGCACGACCUACCACCUUACCGUGCAGUCCUCCCGCCGCCCACCACCACGGGUCCCAUCACACGCCCCAUCACGCGUCCCAUCAGACGCCCCAUCAGACGCCUUUACAUCAAACCCAUUGCGGAACCAACAAUAACUGCUACGACGGUCCAACCACCCCCUACGAUUCUAGGGACUACGAUUCGCCUGGAGGUGGAUCGGAGUACAGAAACAACAACGGUAGUUUCGAUAAUAAUCCAAGUGACUUGAGUAUGCCACCACAAGGGACUCAUCAUCAUCAUCACCACCAUCAUCAUUCGCAUUUGCAUGCGCAAACUCAUACGCAAGAGCAACAAACCUCCGAGCAUUUGCAGACCAUUCCGAAACUCGAGCCACCACCAACGCCGCCGGCACAAUCCGAGGAUGUUCCUGGAGUUGUCUGUGCGGGUUGUGGAUUAAGGAUAUCCGACAGGUAUUAUCUUCAGGCGGUCGACAGGAGAUGGCAUGCUUCGUGUCUUCAGUGUUCUCACUGUCGUCAGGGUCUCGAUAACGAAGUCACCUGUUUCUGUAGGAAUGGGAACAUAUAUUGCAAGAAGGAUUAUUAUAGGAUGUUUGGGAGCCUAAAGAGAUGUGCGCGAUGCCAAGCGGCAAUACUUGCCUCGGAGUUGGUGAUGCGCGCGCGCGACUUGGUUUUCCACGUGCGUUGCUUUUCGUGCGCGGCGUGCGCGGUCCUGUUGACAAAAGGCGAUCACUUCGGUAUGAGGGACGGGACAGUUUUGUGUCGGCUACAUUAUGAAAUGGGCGCGGAACUUCAUCCGGCCCAGAGUCCACCGGUUCCUGUUUAUCCACCGGGUCCACAUUACGCCGGACAAUUUCCAUCUCCCGAAUUUCUUCAUCAUCAUCACCACCACCAUCAUCAUCAUACGACGGUCGCUGCGGCCGCGGCAGCGGCAGCUGCGGUCGCCGGUCAUGGGCCACCUCAUCCACAUUCGAUGCACCCUCAACAUCCUCACAGUCAUAUAAGCCCUGUGCCGCUUCAACCCUCAACGCCGUCAGUACCCGACGCCGGUUCACCUCCAAAGGUACCCUAUUUCAAUGGAGCAGCGGCAGCGACAACAGUUGUACCACCACCGAGGCAAAAGGGACGACCAAGGAAAAGGAAGCCUAAGGAUCUCGAGGCUAUGACCGCCAGUCUCGACUUGAACGCCGACUAUAUAGACAUGCCCUUCGGAAGAGGCGGUCCUGGGACUCCAGGCAUACCUGGCUCCAAUAGUAGAACAAAACGAAUGAGGACGAGUUUCAAGCAUCACCAGUUAAGGACGAUGAAGAGUUACUUCGCGAUCAAUCACAAUCCCGACGCGAAGGAUCUCAAGCAGCUUUCCCAGAAAACUGGCUUGCCAAAAAGGGUACUGCAGGUUUGGUUUCAAAAUGCACGUGCCAAAUGGCGACGUAUGGUAUUGAAGCAAGAAGGAAAAUCGGACAAGUGCGAUAGCGUUGUCGACGGAGGUUCCUUGGGUGAUCUCGAACUUUAUGGCAACAGCGGCGGAAGUGGUGGUCCACCGAUGAGCCCUCCCUUCAUGUUAGGUGGUCCCCAUAGUCCGGCAUCCCUGGCGUCUUUGGAUUGCGCGUGAUCGACCAUUGGAAUUUGCACGAUUGACGAGGACAAUUCAAUUCAAAACAAGAAAAAAGAAAAAAAAAAAAACAGAAAAAAAACAGAAAAAAAAAACAAAAAAAAAACCAAAAAAAGAACAAAAAAAAGCCAAAAAAAGAAAAAAAAAUAAAUAAAAAAAGAAAAGAAAAGAAGGAGAAAAGAAAUGAUACAAAAUGAUCACUAAGUUUCUUCUUCGGAGGGAAGGGCAGGGGGAGGGGGAAAGGAGGAUGAGGGAGGAGGAGGAGGAGGAGGAGGAGGAGGAGGAGGUCUGGCUCGACGCUUCCAAAAGGCGAUUCGUUGUUUCUUCUUUUCUUUUUCUCUUUCUUUUUCUUCUUCUUCUUCUUUUUCUUCUUCUUCUUUUCCUUUUUCUCACUCUUUUUUUAUUUGUUUGUUUGUUUGUUUGUUUCUUUUUUCUUCGAUAAAUCCCCCUUUCGUGCAAAAGUUUCCUUUCUCUUUCGAUGAAUCGGUGGGAACGAAUACCGGCCAAUCGAGUACCAAUGGAGAUUAUCAUCGAUUUAUAGAAACUCUAUUCGUGUCGUGUUACGAAAUUUAAAAAGGAGACGGAUGAAAGAAAGAAGGAAGGAAAGAAAGAAAGAAAGAAAAAAAGAAAAGAAGAAUAAUAACUUCGUAGGAAAAGAUAAUCGAAAAUAGUCGAGAAAAUUCCUUGUAUUUAUUGUAGUCCUAAUCGGCGAACGUCCGUGAACAUCCUUUGUUGUAUAGAAAAAGAGAGCUUCGUCUCGCUUAAACCGAAGGGAAUUAUUUCUUAAGGAUGCCAAGGAAGGGAGCCUUACUGCUGAAAGCAAUGUAAUUAGCUAACGAUGUCUAUUUAUUGGUGUAAUCGCUCAGAGGUAAUAAAAAAAAAAAAAAAAAAAAAAAAAAAAAAAAAAAAAAAUGAAAAAAAGAAAAAAAAGAGAAAGAAAAAUGGAAAAAAAAAGCAAAAGCAUUAGCUAACCGAUAAAACGAUUACGAUGCAAGCGAGCUGCCCUGAAAUUCGACGUUUCGAUACUUCUCGAUAAAUCCUUUCUUUUCUUUUUUUUUUCCUUUUUGUCUUUUUUUUUUUGUUUUUGUUUUUGUUUUUUUUGUUUUUUUUUUUUUUCCCCGAUAAAAUCAUCUCACACGACGAAUGAUACAUAAAACGUGUGAAUAUCUAAUACAUCGAUUUUGGAUCAAUCGAAACAUUUGCUCGUAGAUUUCUGAACACGUGAAAGGAAAGAAAUAAAAGGAAAUGUAAAAAAAAAAAAAAAAAAAAAAAAGAAGAAAAAAAAGAAAAAAAGAGAAAAAAGAAAAAAACGAAACGUUGAAUUUCGUCGACGAUGUUAUUUCGUCUCGAUAUUUAUAAUACAAUACCGAUCGCGAUUUUUCUUGCUCGAAGAAAUGAACGAGCGAUGAAAUCCUUGACGUAAUUAUCAUAAUUGUUGUAUAUAAAGGACGUUCCUCGAGUUCUUCUUAAGGCACCGCUAUAGGUUGUAGGGUUAUAAUUGCAUUCGGUAGCGGUCGUGUUUUAGACAACAGGUAAUAAUGAUGAUGGCGACUAUUAUUAUUAUUACUUCUAUUAUUAAUAUCCUUGUAACGAAUGGAACGAUUGUCUAAUUUUACAAGAUGAUUUUUUCAUUGAAUAUAUUUUGACAAUAUAGAUACGUUUGUCGAUUA